AAUGUUAUUUAAUUACCCAAUUGGUUAUGUAUUCUUUCUCAAAUCCCUUCUCUCUUAAGUGCACCUAUAUAUAUUUACAAGGGAAAGCAUUCAAAUCAUAUAUAUCUUCGAUGCAAUAAGCGAAAACACACACAAACAUAUAUCAAGAGAUUUUAUUUUUUUAUCUUAUAGAAUGGAUUCUUAUUCUUCUUCUUCUUCAAAUUCAUUUGAUAUUUCAUGGCAAGAAUUGUUUUUGCUCAACAACAUUAAUUACUUCAAUUUUUCAUCCUCUUGUGUUGGUGAAAUGGAUCAUUUACAAGAACUCAAAUCCAAUAAUACUACAUACAAUGACCACGUAGAAGAAAAAUAUUCACAACCACCAUCAAAAACCCUAAAUCCACAACCACCAUCAUGCAAACGAGAGAAGAGGCUCUAUAGAGGAGUGAGGACAAGGCCAUGGGGAAAAUUUGCGGCGGAGAUAAGGGACACAACACGAAACGGCGUUCGUGUGUGGAUCGGAACAUUUGACACGGCCGAAGCCGCCGCUUUAGCCUAUGAUCAAGCAGCUUUCUUAACAAGAGGAUAUAGAGCUAUCCUUAAUUUCUCCGAGCAUGUUGUGAAGGAAUCACUUCAAAACAUGAAUUUUAAGACAUUAUUAUUGAACCGUGGUUGUUCACCAUUGUUGGAACUUAAACGAAUGCAUGUCAUGAGAAAAAGAUCUAAGACUUGUAGUAAAAAGAGUAAAAGGGAUUCAAAGAGUGGGGUUUUGAUGAAUAGUGCUCAAAAUGUGUUGGUGUUGGAAGAUUUGGGACCUGAAUAUUUAGAACAACUUUUGAUCAACUCCAUUUCUCUUGAGGGUGUUGAUAAUCAAGCCUUUAUAUAAAAUUAAUUAAAACCUCCUUUUGGAAUAUUUGAAGCAACCAAUUAAGCCUUUAUUCAUUUGAACUACUCUUUAGUUUAGCUUCAUUCUGUACUUUAAGGUGUUUCCUUAAACAAUUCAUUCAUUUUAAUUAUUCGCCUAAAAUUGUAUA